AGUGGAGCGUGAUGACAAUCGCCGUUAUGGCGGUUGUCUGCCACGAUGAAGUCACAGGUAUGAUUUCGCGAUUUUAGGAUAAUAUAAUCAAACUGUAAUCAUCAAAACUGAAACAAUUUGUAACAAAAAGAUGCGUGGGCUAAAUUUAGUUUCAUAAAAAUCUAAAAAUACAAGUCCAAUUCAACCCCUUACUGUACUAUAUGUACAUGAGAUGACUACAUGGACAAGCUGUCUUCAUAAAAGCUUAUGAACGACCACUGUUCCUCCAAAGGCUUCUUGUUUACUCACUGAAUUAUCGCGUCACUUAAUUUUUGCGAAUCUUUCAAAAUCGCGAAAUUAAAGAUACGCGAAAAUUAAGUGAGAAUGUGUAAUAACGUAAUCAUAAUGUGUAGCGAGUAACGCCAAACAGUAAAAUAAAAAAAAAUUAUUUCGCGAUUUUAGGAUAAUAUAAUCAAUCUGUAAUCAUCAAAACUGAAACAAUUUGUAACAAAAAGAUGCGUUGGCUAAAUUUUGUUUCAUAAAAAUUUAAAAAAUACAAGUCCAAUUCAACCCCUUAGUGUACUAUAUGUACAUUAGAUGACUACAUAGACAAGCUGUCUUCAUAAAAGCUUAUAAACGACCAGUUUUCUUCCAAAGGCUUCUUGUUUACUCACUGAAUUAUCGCGUCACUUAAUUUUUGCGAAUCUUUCAAAAUUGCGAAAUUAAAGAUACGCAAAAAUUAAGUGAGAAUGUGUAAUAACGUAAUCAUAAUGUGUAGCGAGUAACGCAAAACAGUAAAAUAAAAAAAAAGCCGAAACAUUCGACAUUCCAUCGAAAUUUAUUCUGAAUGUUCUGGAACAAUCCAUGAUUAAUCAGAGAGAUCAAUUAAAAUUACCGCACAAUUAGAACACAUGCAUUGUGAUGUUGCGUACUCAGUUGUGUUAAUUAGCCAACUUCUGGGGUGUUACGAGCAAAAAUGGACGUGGGCUAUCUGCUAAGUAAAAUGUAAAAAGAAAAGCCCGAGCUUAAACCAUGUGGGACUUGUUGUGGGAGUGGAGCGUGAUGACAAUCGCCGUUAUGGCGGUUGUCUGCCACGAUGAAGUCACAGGCUUUCUUAUGCUGUGCUUCCACAACCGGUUUUUUCAUCUCUCUACCACCAUGGCGAAGAUGAUAUUGCUGUAUCUAGUUAUGCACUGUGUUCCGAUCAUGAUACCCAUAAGGAUUUUGGCUCGGUGUUACAAAGGGAUUUGCCGUCUAGAAUUGGACAAAGAGCCUUAUGAACCCCUAUUACGUGUCUACUGCGACCCUUUUGUCGACCGAUACGACUCGAGCAACCCCACCAGCGACGCCUACGAUUCCAGCGACGUCGAGUGCGUUGUGUUUGACCCCGACAACGACAGCGAUAGCAGUACGUUAUCCGUGUUUCUUGAGCGGUACAUGAGUGACGGUUGGGAGGGGCCUGAACCUUAUAAGGAGCAUCACGUGAUCAAUAGGAAGGAAUGGGUUGUGACGUCAGACGAUGGUAGUUCUGAGGAUCGUUAUGAAGAUGACUUAUCGUCUGCCAAUGAGCUCGGAUACGCAAGCGAGACGGACUCGCAGACCAGCUCGAGCGGAGUAAAUCCAUCAUCUCGGGUAUCAGGUCCUGUGAAUUCAGAGACAAGCGAAGGGAAAGCGAGAGAAACCCCGGAUCUCGCAAACCCAAACUCUAGCGGGAGUUACCAUGAGGACAAGAAACACGUGACCAUGACCACUGCUGCCAAGUCGCGUGGUAGUACUACCCUAGGCACCGAGGAUGUUCUGAGCGUGGGUCUGAUAGCGCAGUUCGUGUACAAAAAGCCUGAUAACAGUGCGGGAGUCAAUCGACGUCGCACGAGGAACAAGGUCUUGUCGUCAAACACUCGUCUCUCCGUCUGUGAUGAGUCUCGAGAGAGAAUCAAAACACUUGAUGAUGUCAAGCGAUUUCAGAAACUCUCAGGAGUUAUCGAAGAAGUAGAAAGACCAAAUUUAGUUCAGAAAGAUUGCGACAGCAUAAACUCUUACCAGCUAGUUACUUCAUCUUGUCGGAGAAGGAAACAACAUAUCACCAAAAGGGCAACAGCACAACGCGUCAACAACGUAGACGAUGACAGCUUCAUGGAUGAGGUUUACACGUACUUUGUGAGUCUUUUCCAGGAAAAUGGUGAACAAAUUCCUGGAAAACACACCGCCGUGACUCACUCGAGCGCUGCAUGUGGUCAAAAGAAAGACCAAGCCAAACUAGUACAAGUAGACGAUGAAGGUUUUAUGAAUGAAGUUUAUGCAUACUUUGUGGCGCUUUUCCAGGAAAAUGACGUGCAGGGACAUCAGCGAACAACUUCACGUGUUGAUAAAAACGCCAAUCAAGUCGACAGUAAUGUUGGGCUCUUAGUCGACCUGCUUGGAGACUUUUCCUUAAGGCGCUUGUUCGCUGAACCUAAGUCAACUCCGUGCAAGGGGCAGCAGACUGUCGCCGAUAACUUUCUAGAUGACAUUUAUGCAUGUGUUAAGAUGCUUUUUCAAGGUACUGAUGAAAAUCACGUACAUGAAGAAUUCUUGGAGCCAGCUCUGCUGGCACGUGGUCAAGAGAUGUCAGCAAAGGAAAUUGGCAAUAAUGGUGACGUACAUGCACGUGAAGACCUCGUGAAUCCCGUUUCACCUAUGCGUGAUCAAAAGGCACUAAGAAAGCAAGAUCAUGUCGAAAAAGAAAAUGACAUUGUUAAGCCAGCUUUAGCUACAUCUGAUCAGGAAGUACCAGAAAUAACCAGUGGUACAAGUGACGACGCAUGCGCAUGCGAUAACCUUGUGGACGAAGCAAUGCCUGCACGUGAGCAAGAGAGACCUAAUGUUGCAAUCAGUAUUUUGCCACCAGAUGAACACGCGAGUCUAGUUCAACCUCCAUGUGAUCAAGUAAUGCAGCUUGAAGAUAUCAGCGGUGACGUUGAAGAACUUGAUCAGCAAACAGGGCCAGCUAUGCACGUACGGGAUCAAGAGGGACCUGAUGUUGCAAUCGGUAUUUUGCCACCAGAUGUACACGCGAGUCUAGUUCAACCUCCAUGUGAUCAAGUAAUGCAGCUUGAAGAUCUAAGCGAUUACGUUGAAGAACUUGAUCAGCAAACAGGGCCAGCUAUGCACGUACGGGAUCAGGAAGCUCCAAACCCAAAUCAUACCAUCGACGGCAAGCAAGAACGUGAUCAAGAGGUGUCAAAAGAAGACGACAUCAGUGGAACAAGUGAUCAGUGUGUGCAUGUGAUUGCUGAUAAUGCAGGUGAUCGGCUCACCAAGGCUGUCAAGAUUAGCGCAGUGGUGGUCGGGCUCGGGGUCGGUGCAUACCUGCUGUAUCGUUACCUCCGAAAGUAACUUUUUUUUUUUUAUUCUGUUAGUAUGGCGGUUCAAAGGCAGAGCAGAAGCGAGAAGUUUCCCUUAUUGUUGAGUAUAGCUAAAGUUUAAAUCAAAGGUUAAGAAGGGAGCAGUGACUAUAGUAAAAAAAGUUAGUGACUAGUUGGAAGUAUUGAGGACUAUAUAGUCGAAAGUUUUAAGGUUUUGGG